GAAAGGGUUAAUGUCCUGAGAUGGGCGGGACUCGCUGUGUUUGACUGACAGGGCUCGCUUUAGUUUUCACAAUAGUAGAAAGUAGGGGGUGGGACAUAUGUUAAAACAAAUGCUGUGCCUCAAGUCAAAAUGACCAAAUGAGGUGUCAACCCUGAGACGAAGACCUGACGUCACUUUCCGAGGGCGGGGUCGUGUCGGGAGACAGGCACAUCAUCAUCAUCAUGCAGGAUACAUUGUUGAGGCUGCAAUGAUGCAGGAGUACGAGUAAGAAGAGGCGCUGCAGGUACGGCGAGAGAUUUUUUUGGUUUCACACCUAUCUCUAUUAAACCCGUUUCUCCCAUAAUGUCGGGCGGGGAUCUUCGCGUUCUUCGCCAAGAGCCGGGGCAGGAGAGCCCGAGGAUGCCGGCCUGGAAACGCGAGAUCCUUGAGCGGAGAAAGGCGAAGGGCGGCGGAGCAGGUGCCGAGUCCGUCGCAUCUCGACAUAACGGCGAGGUAACUGGCAGCAAAAGCAAGGAUGAUAUCACCGGCGCACAAUCUAGCACGAACUACACCAUUACCGCUGCCAAGCGCGCGACCAAAAGCCCGGAUCUGUCACCGGUGAAAACAAAAGAGCACUGGCCAUCCGCGGACCCGAGCCGCACGGAGGAGAGCCUGGUAUUGCAAGAGAGCUUGGGUCCGCUGCAGGAAAACCCAUUCAUUAAACUGGAAAAAGAACGAAAGAAGCGUCAGAGCCAAGAGAACGCCGCGCGACCUGUUCAGCACAUCCUCGAGUUAUACGGCAACGUCCCCGGUAUACGGACUAUACGCGCUGACAAUAUCAUCAUCAUUGAAUCCGACCCGGAGUACUUCUCGGAAGGAUGUGGUUUGAAACAUGCAUCGAAACUGCAGCAGAACGGCACGGUGAGCGGAUAUAGCUCUCUCAAUGACCUGUUGGACCGAAGAGGUAGUCCAGUUACUGAGAUACGCGCGAAGGAAGUGGUCAUUUACGAUACUGCACUUAGUAAAAGCGAGGAGAACCUCAGCACGCUGGGACGACCGGCUUCCUCCCCGCUGGAGGGGCAAGGCAGGGUGAGUCGCAUGCUACAGAAAUUUGACAGGAAUUAUGGCAAGCUGCAGCCCAAGUCACGCAGCACGGAAAACCUCCUGGACUUGGAUUCCAGUCCUAUCAGGCCAAGCCCUAGACCCAAGCCAGAUGCGGUGCCAAAAUGCCCAGAAUCUCCGCAAGCCGGUUCCUCACACAGUAAGGUCUUCCAAAAUGUCAAGUCUUCCAUGAGCAAUCAUCACACCUCUCCUAGUGGCUCAGGGAGUAGUACACCCGUUUCUGGAUCCCCUCAGUUAGCAUCUUCUGCAUGGAGACGUUUCGAGGGGAGUGGGGGACGAAGUGUCACUGUGUAUCCCAGGGAGGACACUGAGAGGUCUCCGUCCAAGCCUGUUAGAGAACGGGACUGGGACAGCAUAGAUGGGGCCUCUAAAGCCAAGGUGCCAUGCUCUCCAGAGAGCCACCAUGCCCGUGCCGACUGUACUCCUAGCCCCACAUCACCCCCUUUAUCGCCCAGUUUUGAGAUCCGUCCGUCCCCUCACCCGGAUCUUUCUCUUCUUCCGGCCGGUGAUCUACAGGCCCGUGCACUCGCCAACUUGCGACUCCAGUCUCGCAAUUCCUUCACCGUCAUUCCCAAGAGUCGAGCAGCCAUUUCGUCACCUGGCAGCACCGCCCCAUCCAGCCCUGUGCUUUCCCCUCCAUCCUCACGACCCCUGGUGGGAGUGGCAUCUUCAGAGCCCACAGUGCCAACCCCCUCGCCUGCUGCUCCCAUACCCUCCACAACAAAGCUUACAGAAAAGCUGACCAUAGAAGCCAAAACAGUGUCUCCGCAACAUACCCCACCUACCACACCCACCUCCCCAGCCCCAGCUUCUCCACCUUCAAUUGGCUCACCCGUCAAAUCAGUCCCAUCUCCGGAUGAUAAGCUGCCUAUCACAAACAUUGAUGACAUAGUCGUGGAGCCCACGCCGCCUGUUGUGAGCCCUGCAGUGCAGAGGCGCAAAGGAAAUACGUUUACAGUCGUUCCGAAACGGAGGCCCGAGGCCCAGUCUGACCCUGCUGAGACCCCAGAAGUUGUCAGUGAAUCUCAGAGCACACCACAAGCCCCUUAUGUCCACCUGGGAACCCUGAUUAAAAAGCGUUACCCUGCUGCAGAGGAGAUAGAGGUCAUUGGGGGCUACCUCUCUCUUGGGCGAUCCUGCCUUUCGAAGACUGGCUCAACAGGAAAAAAGCUGAAAAUAUCCUUCAACGAGUCCAGCCUGCAGAGCACUUAUGAAUACCCAUCCGAGAGCAGUGCGUGGGACAGUGGAGAGGACGAGGAGGAAGGAGGAGAAAAAGAAGGAGAAGAUGAUGGAGGGCUCAUUGCAGGGAGGAUAAGCAUUCCUCGCGCCAGCUACACCAGCUCACACACGGACUCCAACAACACCACGGAUCUUUCCAGUUACACACCCAAACACUCAGUGGAGUUUAACGCCUGGCAGGAACACAAGCUUGAUGAGUCUGCUCACCGAGGGGAAGAUACUUCACAGAGUACAGAGGAGGUUAUGCUGACACCUGCUGAUAGCUCCUCUCUGUCAGACUUCAGCAGUGAACCAGCGCUCUACUUCUAAACCUUCCAGAUGUCUGGAAAAUACGGGACCAACCGUUGCCUGCCUGCAAGCACCAGCCUGGAUGCAAAGAAACUCCGUUCAGAACAAUGGAACCAGUAGCAACCAGCUAUAAACUAACAUUCUGUAUUCCACGUGUGUGCGCCAUCAUCAUCUUCAACAACAGCAGGUCUGUGCCCAUUGCUGGUCCACGCAGCAGAUGUAUCACUCACAUCCGGACGUGACCUCCUGUUGCCACCAGUUGUGAUUGUGAUGGAGUCUGUUAACAUGGAAAACGGCUCAAAUAGCCAUUCCACUCUUGAAUUUCACUCUUCCAUCACAUAAUUGCUCUUUGUCUGUAAUCCUCACCUCAUGAAAGUGACCAAAUUUCUAAAAGAGAGAAAGAUGAAAGACUGUCCUUAAAAUAGAGGAGGAAACUUGAGUGGGUGUAACGGGACUCCAAGAAGAGGACAAGAAGAGGACAAAGCAACAAAAAAUGAAAUGAGUGAAUUGUUUAUGUAUGACUGGUAAAAGAGUGCCACAAUCCUUGUUCUUUGUGACGUUUUUGUACGUGCAUGUUUAGGUCUGUAUUGACAUGACUCCCAAACUAUAGAAGUCCUUCACUUUAGGUUCAUUUGUAUGCCUGUGUUUCGUUCACGGUAGUCCUUUUUGAUGCACAGACUGAUAUUUACUAUACAGCCGAAAUACUAACGGUAUGUUAGUGUUGACUUAGUUCUAGAUGGGUUUUAUAGAGCAGCUCUCAAUUGGUGAGCUGGUAAGCUCAUUCAUUUUUACUUUGCUUUUUCAUGGUGAUAGAAUUUAUUAAUCACUCAACAUUUUAAUCAUCAUUUUGGUCACACAUGCAAACAUGAAUGCUGUGAGGACAUGCCCAGGUUGUAUUUCACCCCAAAAUAAAAACAAGAAAAUACAUUUUGCAUAAACCACCAUUGUGAC